UUGGCUCCACUACAGUAAAGUUUCUUGUCUUUUUGUUUUGACAGAACGCAAGGUUGAAGUAUAUAUAGGAGUAUUAGGCUAUUUUGACCGCUAGCCAGCUCACUAGCCAGAACUUGGCAUCCUGUCAACAACACCGUUCUCCUCUAGCCUACCAAAGUCCAAGUCACUGUCAAUUUCUAAGCAUAAACAAGUAGCGGGCAGCUAAUACAUGGUGGCAUAAGACCUAAAUAUAUAUUUAUUUUUAAAAAAGAAAGAAAGAAAGAAAGGAAAUGGAAGGACUAAUUUGGUUAUUUGCAGUGGGGUGUUUGGGGACUGUCAUGGCUACACAUCUGUCGCCUGUUCCCUGUGAUGAGAGAAGUGUGAUAAAACUCGCCCGACUUGCAGUAAAUUACAUCAACGAGGACAGACAAGAAGGAUACAAAUUUGCCCUCAACAGAGUUUUCAACGUGCAUGUUCAUCCUCAGGGUCCAGCUGGAAAGGUUUACUAUCUAGAUUUGGAUGUCCUGGAGACCAAAUGUCAUGUCCUCAGCCGAAAAUCAUGGAAGCGCUGUGAUAUAAGGCCCUUUAUGGAAACACAAAUCUCUGGGAACUGCAACACUACCAUUCUACAAAGGCCAGACGGCCUCUCCUACCUCUACAGCUAUGACUGCACCCUUGUACCAGACCCCCCUGAAAAGCUACAGCAGACAUGUCCAGACUGCCCCCUACUGUUGCCUGUGGAUAGUGACAGAGCCGUGUCCAGUGCUAAGAUCACUCUGCGCAGCUACAACGGUCAGAGCACUCUGCCUGUACAGCUCACAGUGGCAGCUAUAACCAGAGCCUCCCACCAGGUCUCUCCAGUUGCAGCCAGUUUUGUUGAGUACACUGUGCAGGAGUGCUCUGUGCCACCAGUGGAUGAAGCUUUGUGCGUGCCAGCAGAUGCAGGAAAAGGGCCCAUUGGUUUCUGUGGCGGGGCGGUUUUUGGCGCUGAAGCUACCCCAACCAACGUUAAGGUGUCCUGUGAAAUAUUCCACCCUCAGCACUCUUGGAAUUCUGUUGGCAGUGAUGCCGGCACCCAGCAGGCGGAAAAGCCCAGCCCUCAACCGGAAGUGCAAGCCCGUCCUCCACUUCAUGAUGUCCCUGUCCCCACAUUUCAUGACACCAGUCCAGGCGGACUACUAGACCCUGUUCAGCAACUUCUUCCACACAGCCCCAAUCCUUAUCAAACAUCCAGUGAAUCCAGCGAGUCUUCUUCAUCAGAGGAGAUUGCUGGUUCGGUUCGAAUCACCAGGCCCCCGCUGAAUUUCCGCUAUGUGCCUUCACGCCAGAGGAGAGAGGCAUCUGCGGUAACUAUCAGUCCCACUUUCCUGGCUGUGUUCCCCAGCAUACCGUCUCCUUUCCGUUCCUGCCCUGGAGCAUCUCGCUAUACCACUGCAUAAUAAAGAAUCUUCAUGCUAAAGUGAUAUUCAUGCUGUGAUGGUACCAGUAUACAGUCCAGUAUAUACAUAUAUUGCCAUAAACAAAAGCAAAAUCCUUGGUGAACCUGUCUAAAGAAGCAACUGUACUCUAUUCCCACAGCCAUUGAUUUCUACAUUUUCCAUUCUGGUUCUGCAAAGCACUUGAUUUGAUUUUUAAAGCAUGAAAGUCUAAAGUCUUUGUUCUGACAAUUGUCUUGUCUUAUCACAAUGUUUUUUGUUUAAAAAAUAAAAAUAUAUUUAAGAGACAGCUCCAAA